AUGAGUAGAAUAGAUAUCACUGAACAGUUCCAGCAGUUUGUGGGUUACUAUCAGUGCCUUUUCAAACAGGAAGACAAUAGUAUAUCUCCACUUUAUGGGCGCAAAAGUGUGCUUUUCAUUGAUUUUUUGCUUCACUCCAAACGCUGGCAAUGUUUAGCAUCUCUUCUCAAUGCGAUGCUAGCCUUCAUUGAGGAAACAUCUCAUCCGUACAAUCCGUACAACAUUUCAUCAGAUUUGGAUCGAUGUAACCGAACGGUGGAGAUAUACCAGACAGUGUCGGGCCCACCGGUUACUGAUGCCAAUAGAGGAAAGCCUAUGCACUGCACAUAUCGUAUUCGCAUUCGGCCUCAAAGGGACGACUGGGUUGUGUUCGUGCGGUUCACUCGACUCAAAGUAGGCGAACCCAGCGAUGACAGACAGAAGUGCAUCGGAGGAUACGUGCAGAUCGUCGAUGGAUAUCGAGAAUCCAAUUAUUCAAAUAAAGAUCAUUCCGGUUACUACUGCGGAGAGAUCGAUACGCCGAAGACAUACAUUUCGGAGACGCCGUACGUGAAGGUUGUGUUUCAUGUGGAGGACUAUCAGAUGGAUAGCUAUAUUCAAUUCGAUGCUAAUGUCGAGCAACAGAACUCAGUUAAUAGCCGUUACGGACAGUUUCAUCAGCUCUACCCUCACAGACGUGGAGUUCCUAUCGCUGGAACCUAUUGUGAGAAGACAUAUCCUGAUUGCUCGCCCGGACCCCGCUGUACCAUCCAAUCUCCCGGUUAUCCGGGAAUCUAUGGUCGGAACCUUCGCUGCAGAUACCACCUCAACGCCAGACACAGUUUGGUUGGCUUAGAGUUGAGUGCGUUUGAUGUGGACGGACAGGCGUGCGAUAACCUGUUAAUGUGUUUUCCACGUCCCGUAAGCACCAAAUUAAACGACUGUCCCUUUGAUUUCGUGCGGAUUUAUGACGGCGUCGAUGAGAGCGCGCCUAUCAUCGCAACGCUGUGCGGAAAAGGACGUAUCAAAUCUAGUAUAAUAUCGUCAACAAGUAAUAUGUUAGUGGAAUUCAUUACAUCCCCGGCCGGGCCCCUGCUCUCGACUGGAUUUCAUUUCAAAGCCGAUGCCAUUAUAGAUACUGCAACUCAUGUACCGAUACAGCUAUUGAAUGGGAGUUGUGUCAUAGAAAGGGAGCUAACUGUGGACAGUAAUGUUGGCAAUUCAUUUGCACCGAUACGCUCGUGGUAUCCGUCCAACACUACAUGUCUGUACAAGUUUAGGGCCAAAGACACAAAAGCGUUAAUUUCUUUGGAAUUCAUAUCAUUUCGUGUCGAGAGAACCACUUUAUGUCAGGAAAGCCUUCGUAUAUUCGAUGCCAACGACGCCGACAUGUCAGCCCUAAUCACACGACUCUGUGAUAUGAAUAAACCACAAAGCGGAAAUGUGAGGACGAGUUACAUGAGUAGCGGACCCGCACUGACCGUACAGUUCUCGUCACUCGUGGGCUCUUUCGACGGCUCGUCUCUGAACUAUGUCUUUGAGGUGAAACUCAUUCACCGACAGUCGGACUCAGAUGUGAACGACUUGUCAAAGAUGUGCUCAAAACACAUAACUCCUGACUCCAUGACAUCGGGAUCUGUCGUUUGGAAUUACGAUGACUUCAACAGAAGCGAGAGCACAGGCAUUGUAUGCAACGCAUCAUUUGAUGCCUCAUCCCUACAACACGGAAGGGUUAAUGUAUCGAUGCUUAUGCCGUUUAUGGCCACUAACUGUAAGCAAUGCAUUUCUUCGCCAACGAUCGUAAUCUACCGUAAUAUUGAUAGAAGACAUGCCAACCCAUCGGAGCCCCUGUGCUAUUGUGCGCCCACGUCGAGUGCGGACACAUCAUAUGUGGUGUCAAUUGGAGCGCAAAUGAUUAUAUCAUUACAAUUACCGGCCGAAUGGAGAGCACAACAUCUCACACAUUACUUCUCCCCCAUUCAUGUCUGCCCUCCACUCCACUCCACAACCGCCGCAUCAUUACAUGAAAAGCAAACAAAACAAAAUCAAAACUUCUAUCGAAGGGAUAUCAUAAUUAAGAGCGAAGACAUAUCUCUUCAACACCAAAGUGUUUCUCCAAAUACUUAUUCAAGUUCUGUAAUCACUAUAUAUUACAUGAGUAGAGCGCCGGCUAACAGGAGUUUCCUAUUAUUCAAAUACACUCAACUCAAGCUCCUAUUCCCCAUCACCUCAGCCGAGCAAUUGGUACCAAUGGGUCGAAACUGUGAAUUCUUGUGCACUAAUCCUCCGGCGUGUCUUAAACAAGAACUGGUGUGCAAUGGAGUGGCCAACUGUCCAGUGAUAGGAUCAGGUGGUCGUGUCAGCGAAGAUGAAGAUGAAGCGCUGUGCAAACGACACAAACUGUGGAGUGUCCUCAUGAAUGAGUCGACACUACUGCUGGUGAUGGGCGCCGCCGGUCUCCUAAUGUUGUGUUGCAUAACAUUUAUAUCAAUUUAUAUCUGCAAACGAAUGAAGAAAAAACGACACCGUUUUUGAAUUAUCAUAAAAAAGUGAGACAACUAUUACAAUAGAGAGUAAGAGUGAGUGUUUAGCGCCGGCAUGUCGUGGAGGAUGCGAACGGAGAAGGCUGUUGUGCCGUUUUCGCAUAGCUCCUGGAGUUUGUGAAUCAUAAAUCACAAGUGCAUUAUUGACGCAAUGAUUGUUGAAAAUUUAUUUGUUUUGCCCCAAAGGUUAGGCAAAAACAACAAAUAUAUUCCAAUAUUUGGCACUAUUUGUUAAAGAGUUUAGCAUAAGUUGGGAACAGCAAUGAAUGGGAACGGUAGGGCACAGCCGCACCACACAUAUUGCAGUCGGCGCUCAUUUACUCAAUAUAUUCUGAGAUAUAUAUUUUGAGUCCCAAUUCAUCGACUGAUAAACAGUUUAACGCGUUUUUUGCCGUCAGAUUAUAUUUGCAUUGAAUGAGCGAUCAAUUGGAAAGUAAAGCCCUUUUGCCGUCUCUUAUUCACAAUGAGUCCAUCAAAUGAUCUCUUUUUUGUUGAGUAGAGACACACAAAAUAUAUUUCAGUUAUACUACACUCCUAUGCCUCUGAUUGACGAUCUAUUCUGACUGAAUGUCGACUUCUUUAUUCACUCGACUGUUAUAUAUAUUAUAUGUUUUUUAUUUGAAUCAUGAGCUCAGAGAUGUUGCGGAGGAAC